GCACACAGACGGACGGACGGACGGACGGACGGAGUGAGUUCUUCUUCUUCUUCGCUGUUCCUCCUCGACUGCUGCGCUCUCCUGCCGCGCUCUCCUUUCUCUUUCUAUCGCCAUCAUCUCGUGCACGCGUGUCAACCCCUGUCCUGUCCAGACUUUGGAGGGGGGGGGAAUCGAGGUGGAGGUAUGUAGACACCGGAUUCACCGUGCCGAGCAGCAUGUAGCACCUGGAGCAGCGCGCACACCGCCUCCCUCCUGCGCUCCCCCUCCUCCUCCUGUAUCCCUCCUGGACCCGGAGCGCCCGUCUCCUCUCGGGGAAUCAACGCCUGCACCAGGAAUCUUUGUGGAUUUUAUUGUGGGGGGUGGGUGGGGGGAUUUAUUUCAUUUAAAGGAGGUGCUGUGAGUGUUCAUCCCCGCCGCUCUGCACCUCUCGGUCGAUGGUCGUUGAGGAAGCUUCCAUCUUGAGUCCCGUGAAUACCGAAAGAACCAUGGCGAGCGACUCCCCUGCGCGGAGUCUGGACGAGAUAGACCUGUCUGCACUCCGGGACCCGGCUGGUAUCUUUGAGCUGGUUGAGCUGGUUGGAAAUGGCACCUAUGGGCAGGUCUACAAGGGUCGACAUGUCAAAACCGGCCAGCUCGCUGCUAUUAAGGUCAUGGACGUCACCGGAGAUGAAGAGGAGGAGAUUAAAGCAGAGAUCAACAUGCUGAAGAAGUACAGCCACCACAGAAACAUUGCAACAUAUUAUGGAGCGUUUAUCAAGAAGAAUCCUCCGGGAAUGGACGACCAGCUCUGGCUGGUGAUGGAGUUUUGCGGGGCCGGCUCUGUGACAGAUCUGAUCAAAAACACCAAAGGGAACUCUCUGAAGGAGGAGUGGAUCGCUUACAUCUGCAGAGAGAUCCUCCGGGGUCUGACCCAUCUCCACCAGCACAAGGUUAUCCACAGAGAUAUCAAAGGCCAGAACGUGCUGCUGACAGAGAAUGCAGAGGUUAAACUGGUGGACUUUGGUGUGAGCGCUCAGUUGGACCGUACAGUUGGACGGAGGAAUACAUUCAUUGGGACGCCGUACUGGAUGGCCCCAGAGGUCAUCGCCUGUGACGAGAAUCCUGACGCCACAUAUGACUUCAAGAGUGAUUUGUGGUCGCUCGGUAUCACAGCCAUCGAGAUGGCAGAGGGAGCACCACCUCUAUGUGACAUGCAUCCAAUGAGAGCGCUCUUCCUCAUCCCCAGAAAUCCCGCCCCCAGACUCAAGUCAAAGAAGUGGUCGAAGAAGUUCCAGUCGUUCAUAGACAGCUGUCUGGUGAAGAGUCACAGUCAGAGGCCUAGCACCGAGCAGCUCCUCAAACACCCGUUCAUCAGAGACCUCCCCAACGAGCGGCAGGUCCGCAUCCAGCUGAAGGACCACAUCGACCGCACCAAGAAGAGGAGGGGGGAGAGGGAUGAGACAGAAUACGAGUACAGCGGCAGUGAGGAGGAGGAUGAAGAGAGGGACAUUGGCGAGCCCAGUUCAAUCAUCAACAUCCCCGGAGAGUCUACUCUGAGGCGGGACUUCCUGCGGCUCCAGCUGGCCAAUAAGGAGCGGUCGGAGCUGAUCCGCCGUCAGCAGCUGGAGCAGCAGCAGAACGAGGAACACAAGCGCCAACUACUGGCUGAAAGACAGAAACGCAUUGAGGAGCAGAAAGAGCAGAGGCGACGGCUGGAGGAGCAACAGCGUCGAGAGCGUGAGAUGAGGAAGCAGCAGGAGCGCGAGCAGAGGAGGAGGUACGAGGAGAUGGAGCAGAUCCGCCGUGAGGAGGAGAGGAGGCAUGCAGAGAGGGAACAGGAGUAUAUCCGUAGACAGCUGGAGGAGGAGCAGAGGCAGCUGGAGAUCCUGCAGCAGCAGCUCCUGCAGGAGCAGGCCUUACUGCUGGAGUACAAGAGGAAGCAGAUUGAGGAGCAGCGGCAGGCCGAGCGGCUGCAGAGGCAGCUGCAGCAGGAGCGAGCCUACCUGGUGUCCUUGCAACAGCAGCAGCAGGAGUCGACUCGACCGCCACAGGACAAGAAGCAGCUGUACCACUACAAAGACCAGGCGCCCGGCACCAACGACAAACCCGCGUGGGCCAAAGAGGUGAUGCAUCGAGCUCAGAGCAACUCUCCUCGCGUCCCUCCAAAGAAAUAUCAUUCCUUCAGGGAGCCAAGAGAUGUCAACCUCGGCAACCUACUCUUACUCCCCGGUUACAAACCUCGACGCUCCCGCCCCCCUUCCUAUCCCGCACACAACAGCCCCUCCAGAAAUCACCACCAUGUGCCUCAUAUCCGUGUUACCUGUGACCUUAACCCCGCCCCCAACUCUUCUCAGCCAGUAAUGCGCCGCAAGAGCCCCAACUACAGAGGGCGGAGCCCCAACUCCAGAGGGCGGAGCCCCGGCCGCCGGGUCAGUCGGAGCCCCGGCCACCGGGUCAGUCUGAGCCCCGGCCACCGGCACAAAGUCUCAAACCGGAUCUCGGACCCCUCUCUGCCGCCGCGCUCCGAGUCGUUCAGCAGUGGAGGAAUCCAGCAGGCCCGGACCCCGCCCAUGCACCGCUCUGUCGAGCCACAGAUGGCCCACCUAGUGCAAGUGAAGAGUCACGGUCUGUCAGGCUCCCAGUCUCUGUACGAUCCUCACGGCGUUUCUUCCUCCUCGGCGUCACCCUCCCCAUCCCGGCCUCCCAUGCCCCGGCAGAAUUCUGACCCCACCUCCGACACCCCUCCUCCCCCGCCCCUAUCCCGCCUGGCGCCCCCCCUCGACAAGUUGGACCGCAGCUCGUGGCUGCGACAGGACGACGACAUGCCCCCCAAGGUUCCUCAAAGGACGACCUCCAUCUCUCCGGCUCUGGUCAGGAAGCACUCUCCUGGAAAUGGACCUGGCCUUGGACCUCGGGCCGGAGCGCACCUCAUACGGGCCAGCAACCCUGACUUGCGGAGGACAGACAUUUCCAUGGAUACGCCCCUGAAGAGGACGAGCAGCAACAGCUCCUCCAGCUCCAGCACCCCGAGUUCCCAGGGAGGCUCCAACGAACGAGGAAAUUCAGCCGUUAUGACUGAAGGCUCAACAGUUUCUUCCCACGAGACCAAAGAUGACGGCAGAGAGGUGACACGACCCAGCAGGCCUGCAAGCUAUAAGAAAGCUGUAGACGAGGACCUGACGGCUCUGGCCAAAGAGCUGAGGGAGCUGCGACAGGGGGAAGAAACCAGUCGCCCGCCCGUCAAAGUGACCGACUACUCGUCGUCCAGCGAGGACUCUCACAGCAGCGAGGACGAGGAGGGAGAGGGCAGGUCUAAUGACGGAUCAGUGGCUGUCAGCGAUAUACCGCGCAUUAUGCCAGCUGCAGGUCAAGGCAGCAACGAGUCCUUUGGCGGGAUAGGAGGACACAAUGACGCCCAUGACGACUCGUAUGGAAACAGCUCCCAGGACAGCACCCUGAUGAUGCGUGAGAAACAUAGAGAACGGAGGCGGAGCUCUGCCGCCAGCAACGGUUUCCCCGGCAACGCUAAUCUGUUCCCCGGUAACGCCAAUCUCCCUGAUUUGGUGCAGCAAAGCACCUCCCCUCUGGUCUCCCCUGGUGACGCCUCCGGGGCCCAAUACGGAAUGGGAGGCAGUGGGGGCUCCAAGUCGUCCUUCACACCGUUCGUUGAUCCGAGGGUGUACGGGACGUCCCCGACUGACGACGAUGAUAACAUCUCUGCCUCAGCGCUGUUUGCUGAUGAGCUUUUGAAGCACGAGCAGGAACAGGCGAGACUCAACGAGGCCAAGAAGAUCUCUGUGGUCAACGUGAACCCGACCAACAUCCGACCGCACAGCGACACACCCGAGAUCCGCAAAUACAAGAAACGUUUCAACUCUGAGAUCCUCUGUGCAGCUCUGUGGGGAGUGAAUCUCCUGGUGGGGACGGAGAACGGCCUGAUGUUGUUGGAUCGAAGCGGUCAGGGCAAAGUCUACAACUUGAUUAAUCGACGGCGCUUCCAGCAGAUGGACGUCUUGGAGGGACUCAACGUCUUGGUCACCAUCUCAGGGAAGAAGAACAAGCUGCGUGUUUACUACCUGUCCUGGCUGAGGAACAGGAUAUUACACAACGACCCUGAGGUGGAAAAGAAACAGGGCUGGAUCACUGUUGGGGAGCUGGAGGGCUGUGUGCAUUAUAAAGUCGUGAAGUACGAGAGGAUUAAAUUUUUGGUGAUUGCUCUGAAGAACUCAGUGGAGAUCUACGCUUGGGCGCCGAAACCUUACCACAAGUUUAUGGCCUUCAAGUCGUUCACUGAUCUGCAGCAUCGCCCCCAGCUAGUGGACCUGACCGUGGAGGAGGGACAGAGGUUGAAAGUCAUUUACGGCUCCAGUGUCGGCUUCCAUGUCAUCGAUGUCGACUCGGGCAACCCUUACGACAUCUACAUCCCCUCACAUAUUCAGGGUCAGGUGACCCCGCACGCCAUCGUGGUUCUGCCCAAGACGGACGGCAUGGAGAUGCUGCUGUGCUACGAGGACGAAGGCGUCUACGUCAACACCUACGGACGCAUCACCAAAGACGUGGUGCUGCAGUGGGGCGAGAUGCCCACCUCCGUCGCCUACAUCCACUCCAACCAGAUCAUGGGCUGGGGAGAGAAGGCCAUUGAGAUCCGCUCCGUGGAGACGGGACACCUCGACGGAGUUUUCAUGCACAAGCGAGCUCAGCGACUGAAGUUCCUGUCGGAGAGGAACGACAAGGUUUUCUUCGCCUCUGUGCGUUCUGGAGGCAGCAGUCAAGUCUUCUUCAUGACCCUAAACAGAAGCUCCAUGAUGAACUGGUAACCCUUCACCUCGACCCACAACCGUCUUCUUCUUCACUCUGAGCAUCGGCCGACAUAAGAAGGGAGGGACGGCGAAGGGACAGCUUUUUUGUGUGUGUUUAUGAUGUGUGUGUGUGUGUGUUCCUGGAAGAAAACCACAAGCUCCUGAACAAAAACAUUUGAGUAACUAGAGGAAGAGUUAGACCACAGGAGUGUGUCCCAUCCACAGAAACCCUCCCAACUACGGGGGGCGCUGCAGGCCUCAUUGAUGGUUACACUGCCUGCUGAACAAGGAGGACACCGUAAUCAACAGUGGGCGAUUCCUUCACCUUCCAUGUGGAUUUUUUGACGGUUGUUCUAAAGUGUUUGGAUCCAAACUUUAGCGGACACUGACAUCAUGCCGAGUAGCCUUUGACUUCCCCAUUUGGUCGAAUGGGAAGCUGUAGAGAAGUUCUCUGUGUAGCACAUUAUUGAUUCCUUACAGGGUGUUCACACUGCGAGUACAAUAGGUCCGUCUUCUUUGCUUGUUGGUGGUAAUGUCGGCGUUAUGACUGCGUUUACUGCAGCAUCUCUGACUUAUUUAAGUAAGUAAUGGGUGGACACUUUUGGCUGUUAAGGUAGCAUCAAUAGCAGAAGAAAAAUUCAGAUGGUCAUUAACCCAAAAACUAGAUGCAACAGUUUUUAAGAUGUGCAAACCCAAAUCCCUUACAGGCAAUCAGAACAUUCACACUAAGCUCGUUUCUAUUUUAUUUUGGCCUCAUGUCCCCCCUUCGCUGAUGUUUUCUUUUCACCCAAAAGAAGCUUUUUGAAAGGUGAUGAAUCCUACAACUCAGACCAAAUGUUAUACUGUAGGGAGGCAAGUCAACUUUUUUUGAAAAGUCCUUGUUUAUCUCAUACUGACUGUUUCUGCAGUUCAACUUCUGUCCAAAACAAGCUGCUUUAGCUCCUGUCUCUUAAAGGCCCCCUCUAUAAUAGCUCACUUAUUUCUUUUUGGCCAGCAGUCCAGAAUCAUGCCAAGGGUUUAGAUUUUUCUGGGGUGGUUUCACAGAUUUUGGCCGUGUCUGAAACUGCGUACUUUCAUACUAUUAAUACCAAGAACGUCACAUUGUACGUUCCAAAAUCCUAGCAUGCAAUUUUAUGUAUGCGAGAAAUACCCGGUUAUAUGCUAGACUGGCUGGAUUUUACAAGUGUGAUACAGGAGCACACUGGUCAUACUAAAGCACCCCAGAAUGCAUUGUGACUCUCAGGGUGCAUUCACACCUGAGCGGUUUGGUCUGUUUGAAACAAACUCUGGCACGCUUAGUCGGAUAGUUUGUUUGGCUUGGGGUGGUAUGAAUGCUCAAACGAACUCUUGUGUGGACCAAAUAACCGAAUUCUGGUCUGGAAGAAAACAGGGGUCUCGGUUCGCUUCCAAGUGCAUUGGAGUUCGAUUCGCCUUAGGUGAGAAUGCGAUCCGAACCAAACAAGGGACGUUAACCAAAAAGCAGUGCAUUGUGGGUGGAAUUUUGCCAGAUAUUUCAAAAUAAACAGCAAAGGUCAAAUAGGUUCGCCUAGUGUGGCAAAUGUUAGACUGUAUAUAACCAUUAUUAUUUACAGUCUAUGGUUUAACCUGACAAAGCUGACAUAUAACUGUAUCUCCAUUUUGUUGAUCAAAUUACUGCCAAACUGCGCUGCGCUACCAGAUGCCGUUCUUCCACUGUCCUGCUGUUUACUUCUUGGUCAUAGUGCAGCAUUAGGCCGGAUGACAGUAUCCGCACUGACCUGAGCUACAGCCCAAACAAGUGGCAGAUGGCUACAGCACAAAACAUUUGACUAGCUUUUAUGUGCUUGACAAUGUGCAGUGUGUAAGCAAACAAAUGAUAAAUCCAACAAUGUUGCAACUUCACCCCUGAGUCCACCGAACUGUGAAAGGGACCGCAGACUAUCCAGUGGCCAGCCAGCCAAAAAGCGACGUACAAAUAAAAGUAACCAAACUGUAAUAUGUUUUAUAUGUUGUCAAAUAUAAAAUAUUAAAAUGAUUACAAAGGUGUAUAAAUACUGAACAAUUGUAUAUUGUUUUCAGACUAAAUGUAGUAGGAUGCAGUAUAUACUGCUGGAGUACGUAGUAUGCAGUUUAUUGCCCGAUGGCCAAUUGUGAUAUUGCAACAACAAAUCACUUUAGGCAUUAAAAACCACUUGGAUGUUUUUUAAUGCCACUUUAUUCUAAACUUGAAGGUAAGUUCAAUAAAAACAUAGGAAAUUAUCAUAUUUAAUUUUCUUGAUAGAAAGAGGAAAAAAACACAACAGGUCCCUAUUCAGCAACUGUUGAAAAGAUGUUAGCUGUUCAGUUUAGUUAUCUAUCUAUAUUUGUUGGCACGUCCAGUAAAGUCUCCUUAGUCCCGUAAACAAUACAAGACAAUCAUGAGAGAAAAAUAUUUUAAUCUGUGGUCAUCAAUACAGACUAAUUUAAACUGUCAGUGUUACACUGUGGAGUCUAAAUGAAGUCUGUGACUCAUAUCGUCAAAGCAUCGAAUUGAAACACGGCAUACAGAAUCAAAGGAGCAAGCUAAUGAAAUGCUACAGCUAAAACAAGUCAAAUUCAACUUGCAAAAUGGACUUUUUCUUGUCUUCUAUUGUGAUCUUCACAGUCUCCUCAUGCAUGCGCCCACAUUAAUAUGAUGCAGUCCUGACAGCCACUUUGACAGCUCCAAAAUGUGUUUUAAAGAUAUUUUUGGGCUUGUUUUUGCCUUUAUCUGUAUGAAGUUUGCAGAAAAUUGGGAAUGGAGGAUGACGUGCAGCAAAUGUGAGGAAUCUCUUUUAAGUUUGAACAGAGAUCUUUACAAAAAACAACUUAUUUUGGGCAUAUGGCAUUUUCAAACAUCUCUUAAUUAACCGGCUAUGUGUGUCAUGUCAUAUUAUUGGAUUCUAUUCACAAUUACGAGACUCCUUUUUAUUCUUAUCACUCAAACCCCUUCUGAUAGUGAUGAAUGGAUGUUCUUAGGCUAAUAUCUUGUAGCAAAAACUAACAGAUGUCUUCUUGCGCUGUCAGACAUUUUUCCUCAUGUAAAAAAAAUAAAUAGAGGGCUACAUCAGAAUCCGUCCACUGUGUAAAACUGUUGCAGACAUCUUGAUCAUUGCUUUGUCAGUAGGAGGUGAAUUGACCCUCUUGGACUUGAUGACGGUGUUGCUCACAGUGUGAACACUCAUUUUGAGUGCUGCUUUUGCUGAAAAACCUUCUGUGUCUGUUCCCCAUUAGAAGAGAAAAAUACAACAAACAAGCAGCUGGAGUCACAGGGGAAAUGAGACACACUUCUACACCUGUCAUAGAGGAUGCUGCACAGCUACUGCGGCUACUUUGUCCUGGUAUUUUACUAAUAGGGAAAGGAAGCUUGUAGAUAUUGUAUUAUUGCUGUAACAGCAACACAAAAACUACACAUCAUUUCUCACAAAAAAAAAAAGAACUUGGCGUAGAGUAGUUGCCAACUUCUGGAAGUUUCUUAACUGCCCUUUGUUUUUCUGUCCCUACUAUUCUGUGUACACCACACCUGUGUAAAUACUCACUUUGAUGUUAAGGGCAGACUUUGCAAAAGCAGGUGUGAAGACUGAAGAAAAAAAUAAGCAACGGUCUGGCUUUUUUUUUUUUUUUGUUACACCUCUUUGAAAAAUGUCUGUUAGUUUCUCUCAGAUUGGGUUUUUUUUAGACCAAUGAGCUGAACAAAAAGUUUGGUUUGGGUUAACACAUGUUUUUCUCUGUAGUCCAUCACUGUUUAUUUAAUUGUGCAUUUUGCAUGGUGACAUACAUGUUUUACCUGACAUCACUUGUUAUGAAUUGUAAGUUUCAGGCAAUACACUGACUGAUCUAUCUGUACUAGCUGGACAACAAGAGGAGAACUUUCUGCAGGAGCCCUAAAACAAAAAGUACAAACUGUAAACUGAAAGUUAGCUGUUAUUAUCUUAGCAUUUGGGCUUUCUCCAAAAUAACAGUCAGAUAGGUCAAGUUUGUACACAGAAAAUUUUAAAAGUUAUCAUUAAAUACAUCUUUUGUUGAUGGUCACGCCCAGACCGAGCAGGACGGGACUCCAGCAUCACUUUGAACAGCAUUUUCUAUUUUUGGCGCGGUUGACCUUUUGAUGAUGGUCCCUAAAUGCUAGUGUUUGUGGAAUUUUGAACAGGCUGUGAGAGAGGGAAAUGUGUUCAUUUUUACUUGAUUUUUUCUUAAAAUUGGUCUUUAAGGAUGCGACAGGUGUAAGUGACGCCACUUUAAAGGCCAGCUGAACCCUUUUAAAUGUGCAGGAUGUAAGCAGCAACAAACACCCUGUGAAUAAAGGUCAGGAGGCAGGGUCUGUUUGAGAAACCAUAGAUUAAAGAUAUAUAUACUGUAAGAAUUUCCGUUAUGAUGAUAUCAUACUGAUCAUUUUAGAGGAAGACAAAAAAAAUAAUGUUCACUUGUUAAAGCUUAGUUGUCUUUCUACAGAAUAGAGAACAUAGCUAUAAGAAUUUCUAAAAAAAAAAAAAAAAUACAACGUUUUUAUUGUGGUAUUAUUUGUAUUUGUAUUUCAAUUUUUGUACGUAUCAAGACUGUGAACGUAUGUAUGGCUGUCAGCCUGUGAGGGUGUGUGUGUGUGUGUGUGUGUGGGUAGGUGUGUGCACAGGGGUGCUGCAUGCAUGUGAGUGGAUGUUUUCACCUUGUCUAAAUCACUGGAAUCAGUCGAAAGACGGCCUCAAACUGGUAACACACAUCUGUGAUGUUUGAAAAUCUACAAUAAAUGUCCUCUCCUUGUACAGCCACAGAA